UUGACCAUUCGUAGCUGUCAGUUUUCUUUCGAGUGGCGUGAAAAUCACAACAUUAUAUUGUGACUAAAUAAACUUUGUUACUAUUUAUGUCUAUUUUUGAGUACAAAUUUAGACUUUGUGAAGCUAAAAAAUAAAACCUAAGCAAUAAUAAAGGUCUGAGCAUUAUUGAAACAGAGAAAUAAAAGUAUAAAUACAGGCAUAUUGGUAGAAUGUGGGUACUCUCUAGCAAUUGUGAAAAGCUGCGCAAUUUCCUUUCACUUUUGCUUUAAAUUUGCUUGAUUAAGUAACAACUGAAAAUUUAAGAUUUCUAAAGAGGUUUUCUGGUUUAAAAUAUCGCCAACUAAUAUAAAAAUGUUUGUACUUCUUCGGAAUACCUAUACUCAGUGCUCUCGUUUGGGAAUUAUAAACAAAUUCACUUGCAGAACUAAUCUAAAUUGUUCUGUUCCUCCUAAAAGGACUGUAUCAAUUAUUGGUGGGUCUGCAGUCAUAAAUCAGAGAAGUUUCUCAGAUAAACCACACAACCAAAAAACUACAGAUAGUUUACUGCAAGAAAAGAUGGAAAACAAAACUGAAAAAAUUAAUGUAAAUAAGGAAGAGUUAAAGAAACGUCUAACGCCACUACAGUAUCAAGUGACGCAAGAAGCAGCUACAGAGCGACCAUUUACAGGUUGUUAUAACAAGCACUAUGAAAAGGGCGUAUACCGUUGCAUAGUUUGCCAGCAAGAUCUCUUUAGCUCGGAUAGAAAGUAUGAUUCAGGUUGUGGAUGGCCCGCAUUCAAUGAUGUGCUUGAUAAGGGCAAAAUAACCCUGCAUCGUGAUGCUAGUAUUCCAGUAGUAAUUUCGAAAAUGUUAGGCAUGGUGCGAACUGAGGUGCGCUGCUCCAAAUGCUCCGCGCAUAUGGGACACGUUUUCGAUGAUGGCCCGCCACCAAAGAAUCUACGCUACUGCAUCAAUUCGGCGUCGAUUGAUUUUGUACCGCUAAAGCCCAACAGCAACAUUGCCUCUGGUUCACCUUCCACAACUGCUUCUCUCUCAAAAGGGCAUGUGAAAAAAUAAUUAUCUGUUUACGUUUACAUUUUGUUUUCAUAAUCUAAACAAGCAAAUUUGUUUAUUCCUAUUUAGUACAUACACAAAAAUGGUACAUAUUGUUAUUUAUAGAAGAAACUAAUAUUAAAUUGUAUUGUUAUGUAUAACAAUUUAAAAGAGCGAAUGUAUUUUUGAUAGAAAAUGUAAUGUGGAUCAUGAUAAAUUUGCCUUGGGUAUAUAGUUAAUGAACAUACACAUA